AACACCAAAAUUCAUGUGGAUAAUAUGUAAUAUUAACCCUAAGAUGACACAAAGUUGGAUACUGUAGUCCACAGACACCCCAACAAAACCUCAAUCUCUUCAAAUUCUCUUGUUUUUCACUUUAUUUUUCCCCCAUCGAUUUCAUCUUCAAAUCGAAGUAGUACAAAAAUCCAUCAAUGGAGAUCGUAUCAAGACAACAACACGAAAGAGAAAACCCAUCUCCGACGAACUCUCCGUCCAGCCAUGGCAGCAGUAGCAACAGCAAUGGACAUACCGCCGGCGGUGGCGCCGUCCAAACACCACCACUAACUCCAAGACCCGUUUCAAGAUCCGAACCAAAUUCAUACCCAACAACCUUCGUCCAAGCAGACACAACUUCCUUCAAACAAGUAGUCCAGAUGCUAACCGGAUCAUCAAAACCGACCCACCAACCAGAUCCGGCGCCGACGAGGACAUCCAUACCGCCGAUCAAAACCGGUCAACAGAAGAAACAAGGAUUCAAGCUCUACGAGCGUCGGAACAGCCUGAAAAACGGGCUGAUGAUCAACGCAUCGGUGCCGAAGCUCCAUGGUCAUGGGUUAUCGCCGCGACUCCAUGAAAUGCUCUCUCCAAGCAUUCUUGAUUUUCCGGCGCUUGUUCUUAGUCCGGUGACGCCAUUGAUCGAAGACCGGUUUAAUAAAUCGUCACCUUCGAUUGGGAACUCGUCGGAAGAAGAGAGGGUAAUUGCGGCAAAAGGAUUUUAUUUGCAUCCGUCGCCUAGGGCGGCGACGCCACAUGGGACGACGGAGCCACAGCUGCUGCCUCUUUUUCCGUUGACCUCGCCGCGGGUAUCGGAGUCGUCGAUUUAGAUAAUGGCUUAAUCACGAUUAAUGUUAGAGAUCUUUUGCUUCAAUUGUACAAUUUGGAUCUCUCUAUUUCAAUCGAAAUUAAAAUAAUAAUUUAAUUAAUCAUCCAA